UAUCUUCGGCCUCCGCGCGAGCUGAAGCAAAAAAGUAGUGUUUAUAUCAGUGGGGCUCCUCAAAGAUCUUAAGAAAUCCGAGCCAUCCGGUAGUUUUAAGUGAAAAAGGUCGUUUAAGACAGGUCACGAAUAUCGAAACUAAUGGCUGAAGCCGAUAAACUAAAUAUCGAUAGUAUAAUAGCUCGUCUUUUAGAAGUACGUGGAGCAAGACCAGGCAAAAAUGUACAAUUAACCGAAAGUGAAAUCAGAGGGCUGUGUCUCAAGUCCAGGGAAAUUUUCCUUUCGCAACCAAUUUUGUUGGAAUUGGAAGCUCCACUUAAAAUAUGCGGCGACAUUCACGGUCAGUACUACGAUCUCCUUCGUCUUUUCGAAUACGGCGGUUUCCCGCCAGAAUCGAACUACUUGUUCCUCGGCGACUACGUCGAUCGUGGCAAGCAAUCGUUGGAAACGAUUUGUCUUCUACUCGCCUACAAAAUCAAGUAUCCCGAGAAUUUCUUCCUUCUUAGAGGUAACCACGAGUGCGCUUCGAUCAAUCGCAUAUACGGAUUCUACGACGAAUGUAAAAGGAGGUACAACAUAAAGCUAUGGAAAACCUUCACCGACUGCUUCAACUGUUUACCGGUGGCCGCUAUCGUCGACGAAAAAAUCUUCUGCUGUCACGGGGGCCUCAGCCCCGACCUCCAGUCGAUGGAACAGAUCCGCCGAAUAAUGAGACCAACCGACGUACCUGACCAGGGUUUAUUGUGCGAUCUGCUGUGGUCCGACCCGGACAAGGACCAGAUGGGCUGGGGAGAGAACGACCGAGGCGUCAGUUUCACGUUCGGUGCCGAAGUCGUCGGAAAAUUCUUACAUAAACACGAUUUCGAUCUCAUCUGUCGUGCCCAUCAAGUCGUCGAAGACGGUUACGAAUUCUUCGCGAAACGACAACUCGUCACGCUCUUCAGCGCACCUAAUUACUGCGGUGAAUUUGACAACGCAGGAGCUAUGAUGUCUGUGGAUGAAACGUUGAUGUGCAGUUUUCAAAUCCUGAAGCCAGCGGACAAACGGAAGUUCCAGUACAACAUGAAUGCAGGAAGGCCUGUAACGCCACCUAGAGGAGGUACUAAUAAAAACAAGAAGAAGUGAACAUAAUUUAUUUUUAAGAUAGGUUAGAUAUUCGUAAUAAUGUCUAUAAUUCAUUUUAAAUACUAAUAUUGUGCGGUUGAAAGAAGAAGGAUAAUGUACAUUAAGAUAAAUUUUUUUCACGGUUAAUUUAAGUAUUAAAUACGCUAAUGUUAGAACACGCCUACGAUAAGUUUGUUGUCGAAUUUGUUGUAUUUAUUCUGUUUUGUUUUAAGUACUAUUAGUAUUUAAAAUGAGGAUGAAGCCAUUUUAUGUUAUUUUUAGUUGAUAUAUCGAGUAAUUUAUUAAAGUUAGUGAAACAGAGACAUUCAUCAUCAUAUCAAAUAUAAAUAAUUAAAAUGGCUCUAAAAUAAUUGAUUGGAAUAUAAUACAUAGGCUGUAUUUGUUUUUAUUUUGGUUUUAUGCUAUUUUUAUGGCGGUUCAUUUUGUUUCCUUUGACACGUAAUAAACGAUUCUAUUUUUAUAUGUAAACGUUUCAUCCACGUUUGAGUUUAGAAGUUUGGCCAAAAUGAAAAUGAAUAUGUAGUUAUCGUUCAUUUUUAAAGUAUCAAAAGUUAUUUCCUGCUCUGACAUUUGUACAUAUUGCGUUCCAACACAUUUUUUUUGAUCUGCAUAACAUUUGUCUUUAAUAAAGAUUUUAACAUUUUCUUUUUAA